AUGUCACAGUCUGCAGGGAUGCUUCAGCAUAAAACAGCCGUUACAACCUCCUCCCUUUUCUCUACCUGUCUCUCACUUUCCCCCUCCCCAGUCUCUCGCUCCCAGGUUUCCUCAGAACAGCAGGAGGUGCUGAUGGAGAACGUGACGCUGAUAUCUGAGCGUUCCAGGCUGCUCCAGCAGACGCUGGGGGAGGUAUCCACGCAGGCAGACCUCCUGGAGAACAUCUGGAAGUUGGAGAACCUCUUCCAGAACCACAGUGACUGGCUACAAAGGCUGGAAAUCCUCAUUAAGGGUUUGGAAACAGAACUGCGGAGCGUUCAGGCUCACUCUCUUCAGUCCGAGGGCUACCUGGUGCAGCUGGAUGAAAAGUUGGCCAUCUUGAGCAGCUCCACUUGCAGGAACCUGACAGGCCUCAGUGGGGAACUGGCCCAGGCUUCCAGAUGGCUCCGCGACCAGGACCACCUAAUCAGGGAAACCUCGGGAGAGGUGAGUGGGCUGAGAGAGAGGUUUGAGGAGGUCAGCUGGGCGGUUGGAGCUGUCAAUCACACUUUCAGCAGUGACAUCAGUGUCCACCACAUGAAAAUACAGGAUCUGCAGAUCCAGAUCAGCAACAUCACAGAGGACACCACUAGUAUGUGGGUGACCCAUGUCCACACCGAAGCUCAACUGAGAAACGAGAUGGAGAUCCUCAACACGAUUACCGAGGACCUCCGCCUCAAGGACUGGGAACACUCCAUGGCCCUCAAGAAUCUCACGAUCCUAGAAGGUCCCGCGGGGCCAAAGGGAGAGAAAGGUGACGUGGGGCCACUAGGGCCUUCUGGGGCUCCAGGGCUGACAGGCAUGAGAGGUCUUGCAGGAGAGAAAGGCAUCCAAGGCCCCAGGGGUAUGAAGGGAUCAAUGGGAAGUGAUGGAUCUCAGGGAGAGAAGGGAGAGGCUGGACAUCCCGGGUCUAAAGGUGACAGAGGAGAGAGAGGAAUGAAGGGGGAGAAGGGCGAUCGAGGAGACCGAGUGGAGGAGAGCCUCGUGCGGCUGGUGAAUGGUUCAGGCUCUCACGAGGGUCGUGUGGAGGUGUUCCAUGAGCGUCGUUGGGGGACGGUGUGUGACGACGUCUGGGAUAAAAAGGAUGGGGACGUUGUGUGUAGGAUGCUGGGAUUCAAAGGAGCCGUUCAGGUGCAUAAGACUGGCUGGUUUGGACAGGGUACUGGUCUGAUCUGGAUGGAUGAUGUUGCUUGUACAGGACAGGAGGACACCAUCCACCAGUGCAAGUUCUCUGGCUGGGGCAAAACCAACUGCGGCCACGUGGAGGAUGCCGGCGUGACCUGUGUCGUCUAACAAGCGAGACCAUGACGGUGGAAAACUCUGCUGACGGCCACACUGACUGCUGCCUUAAACACGUGCCUUCCGUUUUAACGAGCUGCCAGAUCCACAGUCUCUCCAGCUAGCUUGUAUCGCGUGCCAUGCUAGCUCUUCCGAGCAGGCCUUUUCUCCCGUGGAUGCCGCCACUGGAUGAAGCUCUAUGUCCUCUGUUAAGAGAGCCACUGUAUCUGCUGCCGAAAUGUGAUCAAUUCAACUCCAAGGCUUAAUAUUGGGCUGUUUUACAUAAAUACAC